AUGCACUCCUAGAAUCAACUCAUUCUUGCGCAGCCCAGCAUUCGCUAUUAUCUAGCUACCCUUUAGUGAGCGAGUCUUAUACCCUUUGCUUUUUGUAAUAUCUGGCGUUACAGAUUGGCGACCUUCAAUAUUCAUGGUUUCGGUGGUUUGGGUCAGCAAGAGCUGGAUUCGUCAUAGCUUCGUUCAGCCUUGUGAGCUCACUCCGUGAAGUUGGCUUACACUCGUAUUUAUCCUGUGUAAGCCAAGGCUUCUAUCUGCAGCCUGAUGAAAGCUUACCUCGUGUACUUAACAUAUUCUUUCCGCGCUUCCAGCGAAGCUUUCAUCGCUGAUUUACAAUAUCGCAUCGGUCGGCGACACUGCAAUGGCGACAGUAGAUCAUCUCCCAGGGCGGUAUGAGCACUGGAAGAGAUACCCAGAAAAGUUGGUUCCGCAGGACGAAUAUGUCAUCGUCUCAAUAUGUGAAAACAGCGAGGGUAUCAAAUAUAAAGAGGAAACAUUACAAGAUAGUGAUAUACCAGCUCAUUGUAGGAAAACAGCUACGCCAACUUCGGAUACGAAGUGGUCUCUGGAACUUGUUGUGAGUGCCGGUUUAUUUAGCGCUAAUGGACCAAAUGUUGUUCCCUAUUCAUUGGGCUCCAUUGAAGCUUUACGCUCACACUGGCACAUCCCGUACGACUACGUUCCUUCGUUUGGGGCGGCUCCAGAAGUAUCUAUGGCAUUCACUCCUAUACUAGGCAAUGGCAACUGGAAGGGCUAUGUCCAAGCUUUGACCAACAAGAUUACAGUCAUUCAUGAUAGCCAAACGCGACGGGCAUUUGGCGUCUGUCUCGUGGAGGAUAUAGAGGCUCAUGAUCUCAAAGAGCGUCUUGAAGGCGCCAAAACCUUUGCAUCAAAUCCACUUCUUGCACCGGUAAUUCUACUUUCAAUGGACGUAAACGGGCUCCGGUUGAUAGGAAGAGGAGUUUAUGAGGAUUGUGAAGCAGUAGAAGCCGCCACAGGCUACAAUGAUAGAAGAUCUGAGAACACCUUGGAUCAGAUGGCAGAUUUCACAGGAAUACCCCAGCGGCUAAAGGUACUUUCGUCCCGCGUUGCAACCAUCGCGUACUUUUGCUCCUGCAUAUUCCGAACAAUCGAUCGCUUGGAGAAUUUACUUCAAGGCCUACAGGAUGUAUAUUCCAACGAUGUCUCCACGGCGCUGCAAGAAAAAAUGGUGUACUUUCGAGAAUGCUCAGCAAGUAUCAGUCUCACAGCAGACCGAAGCGAUAAACUCGUUCAGUCCAUGGUACAAACCGUGAAUGCAGAAUUACAGCAAAGAGAUAACCAACUGAAUCACCGAUACGGGGCCGAUAUGCGACUCAUCACAGCGAUCACUCUCAUAUUCUUGCCCGCAACCUUUGUUGCAACCUUCUUCAGUACUACGUUCUGGGACUUUUCUCCGGACAAUAAUGGCGCGAAGGUGACUUACUGGGUGUAUCUGUACUUUGUAGUUACGAUAGGUCUGACUCUGUUGGUGCUCACUGUGUGGAGGAGAUUUAGUGCGUUCAAACGACUGACAAUGGAAACGGUACAUUUAGGGCGCCGAAUGCCUUUAUUGGGACGGCUGAUACGAGAGAAAAAGGUGGAUGAUGUAGAGUCCGGAAAAAAAGGUGAUUAAGGCAUAUCUUUUGGUUCACAUGAUCUUUGGUUAGAAUCUUCCAACUGACAUAGCCAAAUAAGCAUGUGUUCAAUGAUAAUGUUCAUUUCGUUCUGGCAGAGCGGAUGAGGUAAACCUCAACC